AUGAAUCUGGGGAAGAAAGUCAGCGUUCCAAAAGACGUGAUGAUAGAGGAACUCACCCUCCCAUCCAACCGAGGGUCUCGCAUGUUUCAGGAGAGGCAAAGGCGGGCUGAGAGAUUCACGCUGGAGAAUGCGGCCAACGGCGCUCACAAUGCCAUGAGUGCCCAUCCAGUGGCUGUUCCUCCCCCACAAAUCAUCCAAGCGCCACAGGGACGAAAAGAGAACCAAGCUUUCUCUCUCCGUAGUAAGCAUGGACAUCCUGGCCCCCUGAAGGAGAUUCCCCAUGAGAAGUUCAACACAACAGCGAUUCCCAGUACCUACUGGUCUCCAUGGAGGGAAGCUUUGCGCCACAAUUCGGAGCUUCUGGAAUCCCUCGAAACCCAGUUGCCCUUGCCACAAAAACAUCCAGUUGCCCACUACAGGUGCUUCAACAGGUCUCCCAUGCCUUUUGGAGGCACACUGUCCAACAAGAGAGUCUUCCCCAUUAUUAGUUUUGAGGCCCAGGAAUCCCAAAACCUCCCCGGUGCUGCUUUGGACCGGAUGUGUCAUCGGCCCAAUUUCAACAAAGCACCCAGGGGAUGGGGAGGUCAUCAGUGCCCCGAAUCUAAUGAACUAUGAAAAAGAUGACUAAUUAUCUUAAGACUGUAAUCCCUCUGUCAAUCAGCACCAACAGCAGCGUGGAGGGAAAAAAAAUCCCGCGUGGUAACAGUCGCUAAGGCUAAGUAAGGGACAUGAGCUAUAUGAUAAGGCAAUUGACAUAAAUCUAUGGGAAUACAAAAAAAUAAUA